GGUAUUACGGGACCUUCUGGUCCAAUUGGCCAGCCAGGAAACGUUGGACAGCAAGGAUUACCUGGAGAUAAAGGGCCUACUGGAACUCCAGGUUCAUCUGGUGCAAUCGGCUCACCUGGAGAUAAAGGAAAUUUAGGACCACAAGGCACAACUGGA